AUGAAUUUAACCAAGCUUUCCCUGACGAGGGUAACUCUGGCCGAGGCAAUGGUGAACAGGACGAGGAGCUCUACUGCUUUAUGUGAACAAGUCAGUGUAGCAGUUGAGGUGUUCUUAAUUCUGGGUAUCAUUAGUCUGCUAGAAAAUAUUCUGGUUAUUGCUGCAAUUAUUAAGAACAGGAACCUGCAUUCACCUAUGUACUUCUUUGUCUGCAGCUUGGCAGUGGCGGACAUGUUGGUGAGUGUGUCCAAUGCAUGGGAGACUAUUGUGAUAACUUUACUCCACAACAGGCGUUUGGUUGUCAAGGACAGCUUUGUCAAACACGUAGACAACGUGUUUGACUCCAUGAUCUGCACCUCAGUGGUGGCAUCCAUGUGCAGUCUCUUGGCCAUUGCUGUUGAUAGAUACAUCACCAUAUUUUACGCAUUGCGCUACCACCACAUCAUGAGCAUGAAGAGAGCGGCCUUUAUUAUUGCAGGGAUCUGGGCGUUAUGCACCGGGUGUGGCAUCAUUUUCAUCAUCUACUCCGAAAGCCCAACUGUCAUCAUCUGUCUUGUCACUAUGUUCUUCGUUAUGCUGCUCCUCAUGGCAUUCCUCUAUAGCCACAUGUUUCUGCUGGCCCGCUCUCACGCCAAGCGGAUUGCUGCUAUGUCAGGCUCCAACUCCAUCCAUCAGCAGGCAAGCAUGAAAGGUGCCAUCACCUUGACAAUCCUGCUUGGCAUCUUCAUUGUCUGCUGGGCACCAUUCUUCCUGCACCUCAUCCUCAUGGUCUCCUGCCCCAGGAACCUUUACUGCACGUGCUUCAUAUCACACUUCAACUUGUAUCUGAUCCUCAUCAUGUGUAACUCGAUCAUUGACCCACUCAUCUACGCCUUCCGCAGUCAAGAAAUGCGGAAGACGUUAAAGGAGAUCAUUUGCUGCCAUAGUUUAAGGGCAGUUUGUGGACUUACUGUCAAGUGAGACUACAGUGAGUGAAGGUUGUUGGCUUUUAAAGGUUCCAAUAACUAAAUAUAGUGGAAGUCAUGAUCUGAUACAGUUUUUAGCACAACUUCUCUUCUUGUCCACUUGUCCCUCUGGGAAUAUGCUCUAGUGUUUAGUUUGUAUCUUUUAACAGUACAGCUGUAUUCUGAGGAGCUUUGAGUCCCUCCUCUGGUUAAUUUCUCCUGCCAAGAAACCCCACCACCUUGCAUUUAUCUGUAUUGAAUUUCAAAUGCCCAGGGAAAAGUGAGAGAGAGAAAAAAAACUCUCCUGGUGCUGGAAACCUGAAGUAAGGAUGGAAAAUGCUUAGCACAGGUCUGGCAACAUCUGGAAGGUCUGGCAACACCCAAAACUAGGAAACAUUAGAAAAUAAGCAGAGGAGAGGAAGGGGUGGAUUGCUAAUAAAGUGGUUGAGACCCUGAGAGAGUGAACAAUGCAAAUGAUUUUUCUGUAACAGAGAGUUUGAAGCUUCUUAAUUACUGCUGAUCUUCCUUGAGAAGGUGUAAAUAAAGCACAGAACACAAAACACUGCAGCAUAGCCCACGAUGUUACCCCAACCUCUAUAAACCUACUCCAUGGUCAAUCUGUCCCAUCCUUCCUACACGACCCAUACCACUCCACUUUUCUUACAUCCAUGUGUCUAAGAGUCUUGAAGUUACCAAUGUAUCAGCCUCUACCACCAUCCCUGGCAGUGCAUUCCAGGCAUCUACCACUCUGUGUAAAAACCUACCGUUGACAUCUUCCCUAAACUUUGCUCCACUCAUCUUUAAUAGAGAGGAAAGAAUGAGGCAAGAGGAGAAGGAUAA